AUGAAGGUAGCAAACAACAACACUGAACCGUUACAAUCCAAAUCUUAUAAUGUACAGCAACCUCACCAUCAGUACAAACCAAUUUCUCCUGUCACUUCAACCCGAAGCAUCACCGAACGAUCCAGUAGCGUCGCCUUGCUAUGUGGUAAUGCCGGAUCAUUUCAAGAAGCAUCGGCGCCUGCUCAUGUUUCUCAGGAUAAGGCAGGCGCAUCUGCCUACUACGUAGAAGAUGAUUUUAGUGACGAUAAUACUUUGGAAAUCGACCUGGAUUACCAACUUCCCGCGUCUCUUCCUCCCCAGCCAGCCGCACCGAAGCCUCGUGCGAGCCCGGUACUUCAACCGCCUACUAGCCAAAUAUCAUGGUCUUCGUCGCCGCAAGAGCAUCGCCACCCUCCACCAAACCCCCGGAGACCGUCCAAACGAGAUUCACCGGAUGAUAACUCGCAACUUGGUCCACCUCGACCUAAGAAAAGGGCAUUGCCUCCAACAUGGGGACCUGCGCCAGCUGCUACUUCUGCGCCAUCAGUCGAAGAUGACACCGAGAAUAGGAAACACCCAGUUACUCCAGCCCCUAAAAAGAACCAAGAUUUGCUUUGGGAUACGACACAGAGCGAGAUGAAGGAGCGUCGGAAGCAGCUCAAGAAUCAGAAUAAAAAGUCUGGACUUGAUUCAGAAGAGAUCCGUUCCGCUACCGAAGACCACGCUGGACGUAAGGCCAAGUCUUCUGUCGUUUCACUAAGUACUGAGCAACAGCAUGUAAUCGAUCUAGUUGUCCACAAGAAUGAAAGCGUCUUCUUUACCGGACCGGCUGGUACUGGUAAGUCUGUAUUGAUGCGGGCUAUCAUCUCGGAGCUGAAGAAAAAAUGGAUACGAGAUCCAGAACGUCUCAGCGUAACAGCCUCUACUGGUCUUGCUGCUUGCAAUAUUGGUGGCCAAACGCUGCAUAGUUUCGCUGGUAUCGGCCUCGGUAAAGAAGACGUGCCAACCCUUGUCAAGAAGAUUCGUCGAAAUCCCAAGGCGAAGAAUAGAUGGCUCCGGACGAAAGUUCUUAUCAUUGAUGAAGUUUCCAUGGUUGAUGGUGAACUCUUUGAUAAGUUAGCACAAAUAGCACGCACUCUUCGAAACAACGGUCGACCCUGGGGUGGAAUCCAGUUGGUCAUUACGGGCGACUUUUUCCAGUUGCCUCCUGUCCCCGAUGGUGGUAAGAAGGAAGCCAAGUUCGCAUUCGAGGCCGCGACCUGGAGCACAUCUAUCGACCAUACUAUUGGAUUAACGCAAGUCUUCCGUCAAAAGGACCCUGAUUUUGCCAAUAUGCUGAAUGAGAUGCGUCUCGGUCGGAUCAGCGAAGAUACGAUUCGAACGUUUAAGGAUCUAUCGCGGCCGUUAAACUUUGACGAUGGUCUUGAAGUGACUGAAUUAUUCCCAACCCGCCAAGAGGUUGAGAGGUCCAACGAGACUCGAUUACGCAAUCUGCCUGGAUCUAUAUAUCGUUACGAAGCCAGUGAUUCAGGCGACCCUAAUCUACGAGAGAGAUUGCUUUCGAAUAUGAUGGCUCCCAAGGCUGUGGAUUUGAAGAAAGGUGCCCAGGUCAUGCUAAUCAAGAAUAUGGACGAUACGUUAGUGAACGGUACACUCGGCAAAGUGAUGGGGUUUAUGAACGAAGCUACAUUUGAGAUUUGGGGUGGCCGCGAUGAGGAGGUUGGAUCGGCUGACGAAGGCGAGACAGACGCCCGGUCAAAAAAGAAAAUCAAAGCGUACAGUCGUGACAUUGAAGGAAUAAAGGACAACAAAGAGUAUCCAGUUGUCCGCUUCAACGCGACAGAUAGAACUCAUAGAAUUAUUCUUUGUAUCCCGGAGGAUUGGAAGGUUGAACUACCUACUGGCGAGGUCCAAGCAUCGCGCAAACAGUUGCCCCUUAUUCUCGCGUGGGCUCUCUCUAUCCACAAGGCCCAAGGCCAGACCCUAGAGAGGGUCAAAGUUGAUCUCGGCAAGGUGUUCGAGAAGGGACAGGCAUACGUUGCGCUUAGUCGAGCUGUGAGCAAGCAGGGGCUCCAGGUACUGCGUUUCGACAGUAAGAAAGUUAUGGCUCAUCCCCGAGUCAUUCAAUUUUACAACAGGCUUUACAGCGCGGAAUCUGCAAUCAAGAUAAAGAAACCAGUGUCGAUUUCAGACUUUGCCAACAAGGGAACUUCGGGGUCUUCUAAGGGGAAGGGUAUAGAUAUCAUUGAUCUAGAUGAUGAAGAAGAGGCUAUGGCAGCAUACGGUUAA